AUAUAAAUGAAUGCAGGAAUAAUCCAUGCCACGCUCAAGCAACUUGCACGGAUACGAUUGGUUCUUACACUUGUACAUGUAACCAAGGAUAUUCUGGAAAUGGUUUCGACUGUGCGGGUAAGCAAAUGCAUCAAUCAUUUUUUGAGGUUAUCAUGAUUAUAUUGAGAUGAUGAAAACUCACAUGGUCAAUGAAGAUAUGAUCUGGACUCGGUCUUUGUUCCAUCUUUUUAUUCAUGUUAGUGGAAACUUGUGUACGUUGAAAGCAUUUGUUAAAAGCUUUGUUCCCAUGCAGUAUGCGACUGAAUGGCCAUCGCUAUCUAGCACAAGACUAUUGUGAUAAACUGUACUUAUUUCGUGCUUAAACUUUUAGAUAUAAACGAAUGUACCACAUCCAACCCAUGCCAUGUUCGAGCUACCUGCACCAACACACAAGGAUCAUAUUUCUGCACUUGUAAUGAUGGUUUCUCCGGGGAUGGCAAACUUCUCUGUGACGGUGAAUUAUCAUUAUUGUUUUGUCUAAACCAAAAGUUUGUUGUUAAUUGACACUCGAUGAAUCUUCGCUCUUGUACUUAUUAAACUUUACCCAAAAAAAUGUUCUGAUUAUGAAAAAAGAAACUGGAGCUGAGAUGUAAUGGAGCAAGUUGAAAUCAACUGCUUCAACUGCCAUUGCUUAUUAUAUAACUGUUAUUGUCGAGUUUGCAUUUUAAAAAUAAUUUACAAUGUAAAAUUGAGCAAUGUGCAGUUCUACUUUUAUGGUUUACAAGAUUGUACGAUAUCAAUAAUGAGACUGAGGAAUUCCCGUCAUUGUUUGUCAUUGUAGAUAUAAACGAAUGUUUGGCUAACCCUUGCAGCGUUCACGCUACCUGUACCAAUACAUUUGGAUCAUAUAUAUGUGCUUGUAGAUCUGGCUUCACUGGAAAUGGAUUCUUUUGCUCAGGUCUGUAAUAAUUUAUUUGCAUUUUUUAAAAUUGUUAUCGUUAAUUGCGACAAUUGUGAAGAAUUGUCUCGGUACUAUUCAACUACUUUGUCGAAUCUUUAUAUUAAAAUCAGAUGUUGUAUUAUGUUUAAGCAGAUACUAACGGUAUAAUUUGGCUAUGCAGUGAUCAGAUCUUUACUGAUAUGUAUUAAUUCAUUGUAAUGAAGAUAUCUUUUCUUUAGACAUUGAUGAAUGUGCACAGAGCCCGUGCGCUGUUGGUCGAGCUACUUGCCAAAAUACUUUUGGUUCAUUCAAUUGUACCUGUAACACUGGCUACACUGGAAACGGAAGUGUUUGUGCCAGUAAGAAGUGGCACAUUUUCUAUGCUUAUUGUAUAUUUUUAUAAUUUAUUGAAAAAUGUCUUGAAAUCCUUAGCCUCCACCCUGAUUAAUAUUCAUAUGAUUAUAUGAAUGAAAAUGUGAACAAAACCAUCCAAUCUGUCGAGAAGAGAAAAACUAAUCCAAAUAUUGAAAAAUGUAGCAGUAUCUGCAGUCUAAAACUACACUACUAACCUCAGCUUGUUAAUUUUAAGAAUCAGGAAGUGGUUAAACCAUUCGUUUAAGUCUGACCAGGUGCAUGCAUGGUUAAUAUAUCCACCUGGGGCCGGUUGUUCAAAACCGGGUUAGCUUAACCCUUGGUUAACCUAAAAUUCAAAGCAAACUUCCUGACAGCUUGUCUAUAAAUUUGGAAAUAUUUCUUCAGAGAUGUUGUCAGGAUCGAUAGGAGUUUUCUUCUCUGAAGUUUUGAAAUAAACAGACGUGUAGAAAUACACAAACUAAAACAGCAGGUUAAGUUUUAAUCCAGGGUUAGCGCUACUCCACAUUUGCACAACCAGUCCCAGACAUAGUGUGAUUAAUUCAAAUUAAUAUAAAUAUAAUUACAAUACUCAAUAGCGGAUACUAGAUGCAUGCAUGCAUGGAUGCGACCCUUCCCCAGGAAACCUAAAAUCUCUCCUAAUAUUUUCUUAAAAUCUCUAUACGAUAUAAUUCACGAACUAAAUAGCUAAGUUGUAACAAUGCCGUUUUAACUUUAUUUAAAGCAGACAUCCUUUCAAAUGAACAAAUUAGCAUUAAGUACUAUAAAUAAUUUAAAGCACGCGCGUAGGAGUGUUUUAUCACAUAUAAAACACGACGCGUAGCGGAGUGUUUUAUAUGUGAUAAAACACGACUACAAGUGCUUUAAAUAGCUUCAAAAACGCCUCAUCUUAUACGAGUUCAUUGGCGAAGUAAUUUUUAAAAUAAACUUUGUCUAAACCGAGAAAAUCAAAGCUAAAGUUUAUGUAAAUUAACGUGAUUUUUUAUCACAUAUAUAAAACCACGACACGCUUAUGAUUUUUCUUUGUGUUACCCUGAAUUAUUAAUGAGUUUUUGAAAUAUGAUUUUAAAAAGUUUGCGAACUAAUAUUUCCAGCAGUACGUUUUUGCCGCUGCAAAUAACGAAGCUAUUUAUGCAGGAAAUAAUCUUAACUCUAAUAGAGGUAUUUUAGGUUCGAAAGACUGCAAAGUUAGACUACCAAAGACGCUAUAUCUUUUAAUGUUGUAUUUAACAAAAACAAUGACUAUCUCAGAAUCAGGUCAACAUAGGAUUUUAUAUAAUCAUGGCAUAAGCCAUGACAACACUUUGAUUUAUUCUAUUCAAAAUGUUCUGUUUAAUUCACAAAGAUCAGACCCUCUACAGGCUUUUGAUUGUCUUUUUUCACAUUUUGAAACUAAUAUGAGCAAAGGUGAAAGUUUUGAACGAAAACAAUUUGAAUUAUUUUCUUAGAUAUUAACGAAUGUCUUACCAAUCCUUGUGACCCCAACGCACAAUGUGCAGACACGGUUGGCUCCUUCCUGUGCACUUGUAAUACAGGAUUCUUUGGUAGUGGAUUUAACUGUGCAGGUACAGUAUUUUAACAUCAUAUCAGUGCGGUUGCAGGCAGGCUAUUCUGGAAAUGGUCUUAAUUGCGUUGGUAAGUUCAACGGAUUUUGUACAAGGUUUCUCUCGUCUGCUUUCAUGCGUCGCAUGCGAACGCACAAAUUGAAAUCGUGCAAUUUUGAGCACGGACCAGAUUUCAUGUGAACGGAACCUUUUCUGUACUGUAGUAUUCUUAUUAUCAAGAAAAGAACUGUAUUAUGUUGAGUGUUAGGUUCAAUUGUAGAUAGUCAAUAUACUUUCCAGGUAUGUAGUUUCUAUACUUUCCAGGUAGCUGGAAAUAAAGCUCACGAACAUGUGUAUAGCUUUGUAAUCGUGGAAAACUUGACAUGAUUUAAAGGUGAUCUAUAGUCCGAUCUGCGCAUGUGCACAAAUGAGCCCACUUUUUGAUACAAACAGUUUAACUAUGUUUUGAGUUCUUGAAAAGCCUGAUUGUUAUUUCUUGAUCAUUUAUUAUACUCUAGAAGCUUGAAAAUAUAAAUAGUUGUCGAAUAAAGCUCAAUAUUUUGGACACAAAAAUGUAAACAAAGGCUUUGUUUACAUACGGACUGUAGAUCACCUUUAAGUAUUUACGCAUGUUGCUAAAUAUUAAGUGUUCUAUGUUAUACAUGCAGAUAUCAAUGAAUGUUUGCAAGCACCAUGUGAUCAAAAUGCUGGAUGUACCAACAUACCUGGAUCAUUUGUCUGUUCGUGUAAACCUGGAUAUUCAGGAAGCGGAUUGAGUUGUCCUGGUAAGAAUUAAUAAACCAUUUUCAAUGUACACCACCCUGCACUUAUUCACGCACUACAAAAAUACUGUAGCUGUGACCAUAGUGAAAAGAACUGGAAUUCAUUAUUCCGCCUACUAAGUAGAGCGGCUCAUUUCAAGCUCUUCCCCAAAUUCAUCAGUUCAUUGUAAGGUCAAGUCUAUUAUAGCACACACCAUCAAAAUUACCAUCAUUAUUUAAGAUAUUCUACACUUUACAUAUGUUCUUAUAAAAACAAUUCGUUUGAAAUGUUACUUAAUGAAUGCCUUUAGGAACUUUCCUUGUAUACUUUAUCUUAAAUAGUGAGUACAUUUUAAAUUUUAGGUUUAUACCAGGUCAAGUACGCGGCAAUAAACAUUGCAGUACUAUAUUGUGGUACAACUGAAAAUCUAAAAUGAUCCCUGCUGUAAAUGAUUAUAAUCUGCUUAUUUGUAUAUAGUACGUUUGUCGUACGUUCUCUCAACAAAGCGAAACGGAAUGAUAUUUUACUUUAAUAUCUCCCCAUGCAAGCCAUUUUUCAUGAUAUACAUAGAGAAUAAUACAUGGGUGCCCCGAAAUACCAGAUUUAUUUCGAGUGUCAUGAUAUCUCACGAGUGAGCGCAGCGAACGAGUGAGAUAUCAUGUUCAACACGAGAAAUAAAUCUGGUAUUUCCAAGCACCCAUGUAUUUUUCUGUUUAUUAUAUAAAGGACAGUCUUUGAAAAGCGAUAAUUUUUACAGAAAAGCGAUAAUUGAAAAGCGAUAAUUUUCACAUGUGAGAUUAUCAUGAAUAAUCUCACAUGUGAGAUUAUCACUUUUAUCAGUGCUCAAAAUCUCUAUAAAGCACUACACUUUAUAUAAUAAUAAACAUUAUUUUCUUUAUCUAACAGAUAUUAAUGAAUGUCUAACCAAUCCAUGCCAUACUGAUGGUACUUGUUCCAACACUGCUGGCACCUUCCAAUGCGCGUGUAAUCAAGGAUACUCUGGAAAUGGCUUCGUUUGUCUUAGUAUGUAUACUUAAUACUAUAGCUUACUAUAGUAACUUGAAAUAACCAGCAAGUAGGCUCUUUGUACAAACGUGUGGGUUAUGCCACUCACAACUUGUGGCAAAAAUGUGGUUGUUGUGGAAGAAACUGUAGUUCAUUAUUCAUUCUAAUGAGUACUUGUUCGUUUCAAGUUUCGUGCAGAUGUGAUGCAUGCAUGGGCUCAUGUGAUGCAUGGGCGCAAAGUUAACUGCAAUUCAAUCUCGUAGUCAGAGCAUGCAACCUGCGAACGGACACGCUCUGUGUACGAGAUGAAUGCAAGAUAAUGGUCUAUAAAUGUCACAGUUGUUCAUUUAAUCUACUGAUUUACUUAAUCGGCACUUUCCAUCUAAAAUAGAUCAAUUUUCAACUGAUGAAAAUACGCAAACAAUCAAACCCUCUGAUGACUAAAUCGUGACUUAAUGGCAUUAUAUAUAUAGUUAUAUGUUAUGUACUGAUUAAUUAUCAGUCUUGUUUAAUUUUAACCUACAAUCCUGGACAAAACCAUCUGCAACACUCUGUUAAAACGUUCCUUUGUGGCUUUUUUUACCAUUAGACCGGAAUAAUUUACUCGUUUGUGCCCCUCCGCCCCAAAAUCAAUGUUGGACGUUUUGACCGUAUUCUGCGAAUGCAAUCAACAUUGAAUGGUGGGGGCAAGGGGGAGGUUUUCUAAAUUUGCGAUAAUAUUACGAAAUUUUGUCGCAGAUGUUUCGUCCAGGAUUGUAGUAUAUGAAUAAUAGCAUAAUAGCAUCCUGUUUAUGCUACUUUAACGUGUAUACGCUCUUAAAACCAAAGUCUGAUUUAUUGUGUUGUGUUUUUCAGACAUUGACGAAUGUCAGCUUGGAACCCAUAGUUGCAGUCAAUUUGCUACAUGUACCGAUACCCCUGGCUCAUAUCAAUGUACAUGUAACACGGGUUACACUGGUGAUGGCAAGACCUGCUUAGGUAAUGUAUCCACUGAUCCGUAAAUAGGCUGGAUAGUGCAAGCAAUUAUUAAAGUAGACUUGCCCAAGUCGCUCGUUAGGGACCGCGCGUAGCAAGAAGGGAGCGCUUCAGAAAGACGGAAGCGAGCGACUUGUGUCACUUGCCUGAUUUUGAAUCUUACUGAAAAAUUUGGCGCGAAAAUCAAUUAUGACAUAGUGAGCGUUCACCAUGUCGAUUUCAGUAGUUCAUUAUUGUUUUGUUCAUGCGACUUUCCAUAUAUUCACAAAAUAUAAAUAAUUAUAUUUAUAAUAAUUAUAUAAAUAUAAAUUUUACAAAAUGGCGUCGUUAGUACAGAAUAAUAGAGACCUUAAGAUUGACGUUUACGGCAAACGUCAAACCGCUAGCGAAGUUUUUGAUUUUACAACUCUAUUAUAAUAGCUUUUACACCAGUUUUGAAAUAUGUUAAAUUUAUUAAACUUGUGCUCUUUAGCAAUGAUUUAAGAAAGCAAAUUAACCACUAGUCAAUGCCAUUCACCAAAGCAGUAAAUUAAGAUUUGGCGUUUCAAGUUGGCGUUUGGCGUAUAGAUUUCAUGCUUGAACUGCUACGAGGGCUUGUAGUCGUUAAAGCAUGAAAUUUAUACGUCAAACGUCAACUUCAAACGCCAAAUCUUAAUUUACUGCUUUGGUGAAUGGCAUGACUAGUGGUUAAUUUUCUUUCUUAAAUCAUUGCUAAAGAGCAAAAGUUCAAUCAGUUUAACAUAUUUCAAAACUGGUGUAAAAGCUACAAUAAUAGAGCUGUAAAAUCAAAAACUUCGCUAGCGGUUUGACGUUUGCCGUAAACGUCAAUCUUAAGGUCUCUAAGGCCACAUAAAAAAAAAUAGUUGGUUAGCGUCCCCGCCCGCCCACAAAAAAGGCCCCGCUCAGGACUUUUUUUUAUUUUUUAUUUUAAAAAAACCCGACUUUUAUUGAUCAACGGGCUCUAAUAUAUGUAGUAUUUCUGUUGACUGUAGUCAAUUGUGUUAAUAAUUUGCGAAAUUGCGUGCGAAAAUGACGGUAUGAAUUAUAUUUUGAAAUAUAUAAAAAAAUAUCUGUACUGCGCAAGAAAAUCCAGUUUCGGACCUAACAGUGAGUAAAACCAAGGCGUUAAAAAUUAGUAAAAAUUAAAAAAAAAAGCGCCCGCCCGCCCACUUUUUGGCAAAAGCCAAGGACGCUAACCAACUAUUUUUUUUUAUAUGGCCUAAUAAUGAGCAUUCACUGACGUCACCGGAGCAAAAAUGCACCGGUGAAUUUGGCGCGCUUGCGGGUGACAAAAGUCCGUCGCUUCCAGGAACUACGAACUGCGGCCUUUGGAAAGUCUAUUAUUAAAGCUGCAAUCUAUGAAAUCAGUUUAAACAUUCCUAGAUAUCAGAAAUCUGUCAUUACUACAAGGAACAACCUGCCAAAAAGAUGUCCUUACAGUAUUUCGCUGUAGCACGUUGUCCAAACUUUUAAAAUACGCGAUUCGACAACUACAUUAUUAGGGAGCUUUAGAUUUGACUACGAGUACGAGAUUUGAUCGCGUGCGAGGAAAUUACCGUAGUCGUUUUCGUUUCGAUUCAAAUGUUGCUUUUAUAACAGUAAACCAACAACGAGAGAAAAAUGUUUAAAAAAAUAAAUCUUCUGCAGACUAAAAUCCCCUACAAAACGUGUAAACAAGUCAUAACAUUAAAAACAGGCCAGAUAUUUAGUACUAAUAUAUUAUUUGCGCCGGAUAAACGCUAUAUAAAUGCUACAUAUUAUUUUUGGAAAACAAAAAAAGCCAACUUUCUUUGUUUUUUUUUUAAAAGUCGUCGUGAGGACUACGAGAUUUCUCCACAAUUUCGUACACAGAUGGGCGACGGCUACGACUUUUUCGCGUCAGUACGGAAUGUGGCGUAAGCAUACAGCAUGCGUUUAGCUUGACGAAUUUCGUACUCGUAGUCGUACUCGUAGUCAAAUCUAAAGCUCCCUAUUCAGUUCUAUCGUUAUUGCGGUUUGUAGAUAUUAACGAAUGUGUGUUACUCCACUCCUGCCACGCGAACGCCACGUGUACAAAUACUCCGGGGUCAUUCUUAUGUGCUUGUAAUGCUGGCCAUACUGGUGAUGGUAGAUCAAGUUGCAUUGGUAAGUAGUAAACAUUGUUUUGGAUUCACUCUUGUCUGGAUUUCCGUGUCGGGUUCCAUGUUACCAUCGUUUUUAUGCAAACCCAAAUUACAAUCCAAACCAUACUCCUAACGUCAAUACCAUACAACUUAUGACGUCAUUACUAGAUAGUAAUAUGGAAAUAAUCUCGAACGGCCUGUGCCCGUCUAGGUAGCGACGAUGACAAGACAGCUGGCGGAUUGAGAUACAACUACCUGAAAACAAUAUUAGCAAAUCUUCAACAUUUCGUACGAAGGUCCUUCUUCGAAAAGUUGCUAUUAACUUCUAAUAACUUUUAUCAACUUCCCGGCGACGGACGUUCGCUCGAAACGUUGAAGUCUGCCUAUAUUUUCCAGCAAAUUGUAUCUCUCUCAAUAGCUGUCUUGUAAUGUGGAAAGGCACGCAAAUAAUCUGCUUAUUUUGAGAACAAAAAUGAACGAACUAUGUCAUUUUUGCUGUUUGCGAAGUACUGUGCAUGGAGAUUUUCUAUAAAAUGCAUUCAGUGGCGUAACCGAGAGGUGUUUGGGUGCUCAGUGGCGGGGGGGGGGGGGGGGGGGGGGCAAGCAAGCUGGGGGCCCCCGACCCCCGACAAAAAUGACCAUAAAAUUUUUGCUAGUACAUUGGGCAAAUGGAUCCGAACCUCAGUUAUAGUAACUUAUAGAGGGCCAGAAAACUUGCAACGGGCCACCCCCAAAAGUAGGAAUUGGUAAAAUUGUGAAAUUUGGACCCCUAUUUUUAGUAGAGAUGGAUGCGAAAAAAUUUUGUGGACUCUCUUUCGUAGUACGGAAAUUUUUUUUUAACCAUUUUUUUAAGGAAUAUGGUUAGAAAUUUGGUCCCCCCGCUCGCCAACUUUUUCCGGGGAAAAAUAGGGCCCCACUUAAAAAUUUGAUGAGGGGCCUCAGGAUGUUCCGUUACGCCACUGAAUGCAUUGCAGUUUAUUAGAGUGAUUUGAAACAACGAAGAAUGAGAGAAAAAAUUACUUCAAGCCAACUUCACUUUUUCAAUUAAAGAUUACUAUCUUAAACACUUCGAGUGUAUGAUAUGAGAAAGCUUCCGUCUGUGUUUUGCUCCAACAUCAAAUGUUUAAUUAUUACUCACCAGAGUGUUACUUUGAGGCGGGGGAGGGGGGGUGGAUAUCGGGAAGAAAGAAUAUCAGGAUAGGUUAUAAAUGCCAAAUGCAUGUGGACAUUAAUUGCACAACUAUACACAUUGUAAAUCUGAUUUAUGAUUGUUUUGUUUUUAGAUAUUAAUGAAUGUUUGACAAACCCUUGUUCUCCCAAUGGUAUCUGCACCAACACCAAAGGUUCUUUCGUUUGUGCAUGUACAACAGGAUUCUCGGGGAAUGGCUUUAACUGCCAAAGUACGUAUUCCAUUAAGAUUUUACUUAACGACUCACGGGCAAUAGUCAUCGAUCAAAAGCAGUUCUGGGAUGAAACCGCCGGGCUAUUGAAGUUCAGUCCAAAGCAAAUAAUGUUUUACAACCAAUGACUUCCGAUAUGCGACAGCAAGCCUGCUAAGCAGGAUUUCUUAUAAUAAUCUGCUUAUAAUGAUAUAUUUCUAUUAUGAUACUUAUUAUGAAUAAGAUAUAUUUCUAUAAAUAUUUUAGACAUCAACGAAUGCGUAGUAUCCUCUUCUUGCCACACAAACGCUGACUGUACAGACACGGUUGGAUCUUUCACUUGUCAGUGUAAAUCUGGCUACACUGGGGACGGUUUUGCCUGUGUAGGUAAGUGCUACGCUCAAAAUGUUCGAUCAUAAAUGUCGAUUUUUUUUAAAAUGCUAGUUUCUUAGACAGUUGAGUAGAAAUUACCAUUUCUGUUGGCUGCCUAAGUAGUAUGUUUAAUUCUUCACUUGUGAUAAGUUUGAAUUGAUUUUUUACUACAUAUGAUGGAUUUAACAAUCUUCUGCAAUUCUGUUACAAUAAAAUGUGCACGUUUUCCAGUGAGAAAAUGAAUCGUUCAAAUCUUAAUUUCUAUUCGUUCAUUGCAACCACGUUUAAUAUGCUUUUUUCUCGCUACUCUGCAUGGUUUAAGUAAAUAAAUGCUAACAUCAUUCUGUGGUAUCUAUUUUUCAGAUAUUAAUGAAUGCCUAACUAAUCCAUGUCAUGCUAAUGCUGUGUGUCAAAAUACCCCCGGAAGCUUUACAUGUGUAUGUAACGUGGGUUAUUUCGGAAAUGGUUUCAAUUGUGUUGGUAAGUUUAAAUAGUCCACCCUGACAUGGUAACAUGCCAGGCUGUGCUCGUAUAGGGUAAAUUUGUCUUAACUAUCUGUGAGAUAAAGCGAUUAAAGACGACUUUAGGCGAUUUGCAGAGGUGGUUUGCAUUCGGGAAGACUUGUGAAAAAGCGUCGGCAAGGUUCUCUUCACCAUCCGUGCCAAACACUAACACACCAUUGGUACUUUCGUAAUACUUUGUCAUCAAUUGAGGCAAGGUUUGAUACGAAGUUUUAAGCUUUUGUUUAUGGAGAAUGCCAGGACCGAUGACACUGGAUGAUUGCCUUUCUCAGUGAUAAGCAGAAGAUUUCUGUAGGUGGUGAAUGUGAAAUAAACGAGGCGAUUUGGAACGUUGCAUCUGCAAUUCUGGUGCAGCGCUCUGACCAACUGAGUCGCAUAGUUCAGUUGGCUGUUGCCCAGCAUUAAACACAAGUGUGUCCGUCAGCCAGCCAGUAAGUCAGUCGGUCGGAUGGUCGUUUGAUCAGCUUCCUCUCUAAAGGCCUGAUUCCACGAGCCCUUUUUCUCGGCGAAAUGCAAAAUAUAUCGCCUGUUUCUUUUGAAAUUGCGACCACUCGAAUAAAUUAUUUCUACUUGAUUGCUCACAAUUCAAAAGAAACAGGCGAAAUAUUUCGCAUUUCGCUGAUAAAAAGCGCUCGUGGAAUCAGGGCUUAACAAUAUUAGGUUCAGAUUUUGACUACCACUGCCAUUAACCAAUCAGAUGCGUUUAAUCUACCUGACUAACCAACAAAUGCUAUUAAACCAGUGAGAGGUAUAGUAGAGGUAGUCUUAGUCAAAUAAUUUAUGAACUAGGAAUGUUCGGUAUGACAAUUUUCCGGUAUCGGUAUACCGGAAAAAUUAUGCCGAUAUUAUCGGUAUACCGGUUUUUCGCCUUUUAAAUUAGAUAGGAAAACCCCGUAGUGGAAAUUUGAAAGAAAUUUUGAUUUUGAAUAAUUUAAAAAGUGGAAACACCGUUUAUGAUAAUUUCGAAGGGUGAUCGCUAGAUAGUAUACUUCAAAAUAAGGUUUCCGUUUUUAUAACGUAGAAAAAACUAUCCUAACUCAAAACUAAACCCUAACCCUAAUACUAUCCCUCACCCUAACCUUAACCUAACCCUAAUACUAAUCCUAACCCUAACCUAACCUAACCCUAACCUAAACCCUAACCUAACCCUAACUUAUUUUAAAAAUUGAUAUAAAAACGGAAACCUUAUUUUGAAGUAUACUAUCUAGCAAUUGCCAAUUUCGAAGCUGUUUCGAAGGAAUUUCAGAUGUAAAUGUCUACUUUUACUUUGCAUUUGAGUAAAACAAAAAUUGAUGAUUUCGCCAUGUGCAUGGUGUGUAAAUUUGAUACGGUAUACCGAAAAAUUCCGAUAUAUCGGAAAUUUCGGUAUAUCGGUAUGACUGAAAAACUGACUCAUACCGAUAAACCGAUAUUGGUUUCAAUACCGAUAUUUUCGGUAUAUCGGUAUACCGAACAUUCCUAUUAUGAACCUCUGUUAUUUCUUGAUAUGUUCCUUAGACAUAAAUGAAUGUUCAACUGUUACCCCUUGUGGAUCUGGUGGGACAUGCCUGAACAAUGGGGGAUUAUAUACCUGCAACUGUACCCAAGGAUACACAGGAAUCACUUCAUGCGAAGGUAAUCCACUGAUCUGGAUAUAGACCUGGAUUAAAAAGCUAGCAGCGUGCUGUCUCUUACCACUAAGUUAGGCACUGUAGGUCGUGGGUAGCGAAUUUAUUUAGGUUGCGUGACUUCCCUGUAUUUAAAAAUUAAUUUGAAAUAAAGUUUAAUUGAUUGUCUUCUGUGCUUUGAGGCUUUUCGUUAGGCCCUCCACUUUGUCUCUAUAUUGGGCAAUCACACCCAAUGUAAUUAACAUUAAAUAACUCAUUAGUGUGAUUGAAAACGAUGCUGGAAGUCCGGAUAUUAUUUUUUAGAUAUAAACGAAUGUACGAACCCAGAUAUUUGUUCUGAGAACAGUCAAUGCCUUAACAAUCCAGGCAGUUACACGUGUAAUUGUGAUAUCGGAUAUACUGGCUCACCGCAGUGUACAAGUAAGUAAACCGGGUGGCCGAAAUUGAGAUAACCUGCAGUAGUUAUAUAGUUUUAAAAUGUCUUUGCAACUGAUCAGUGCUGAGUUCGGUGUACCCGUUAGCUUGCCCAGCAUCUCCCUAACUAGCUGGAUCUACGACUGCCAUCAAUGUUUUUUACCAUAGAUGGAUUUUCUGGGGAGGGGGUUGCACAUCUUCAAAAAACACUUUGCACCACCAGAAAGUUUUCUCACCCACCUAGAGAAAUUUGUAACCCUACCUCCCAGAAAUUUAAAUGCUCAUUAGAUUAAUUAAAUGACAGUAAUGUGAUUGAAAUAACGAUUUUGAACUGAGGAAGACUAUAAAAAAGGAUGUUGAACUAAAUAAGACCAAGAAUCUCAAAAUUUCCCCCCAUUAGCAACUGUGCCUCCAGCCCCCGCUGCAGCUUGUUGCUGCAAUUUGUUUGACCCAUUCGUCAACUCCCCCCCCCCCACAUAAAUUUUAAUUCAGCACUCCCCCAGAGCAAAAUCUGAAAAAUCCGCUGAUGACUUUUAUAUCUUCUCCUUAUUUAGGACUGCCAGACGCAUUUAUUUCCAUCACACUUAAAAUAAACAGGGAAUUUACGAAUUCACUAAACGAUCCGAAUUCUGGUGAUUAUCAGACGCUUUCUGGACAAGUUAGAAGCAAUGUAAGUUCACAAUUGUGAUGGAACUAAUUUGUAAGCUAAACCGAACAAAACUUUACUUAUACUAGAUAGCUCUGUCAGCAAUCUCGUUCCCAGAAGAGCCUGGGAAUGAGGUUGCCCUGUCAGUUCCAAAUUGAUCUUCCUGGUGGUUCAAAAAGUGCCAAUCCCUUGUUGGUCUAGUGUUACCAUAUGGGGAAACUCAAAUUCUUUUGUACUGGAUAGCUCUGUAAGUUCUAAAUGAUUUUCCAUUACUAAGAGAGGAAACUGAUGCUGAUUUUUUUCUGCCAAAUGAGUUUUGCAUUCCAGAAUGAAGUCCUUUAGACCGCAAGACCGUUCUUAAGGAAUGGGAUACUGGUGCAACAAUCACUACGCCAAUGUUGCAAUGAAAAAUGAAAAGCGUUCAACACUUAAAAUCGUUUUGGCGUACCUCUCAAAAUUACUUUGUUAGCUUCAUCUCCUAAACAUGCUGUAAAUCUCAUAAAUAUGCUGUUUCACCGCAUCUUAUUCCAUAUAACUGUAUUUUCUUAGUUCGAUAAGAAAUUUUCCAAUAUUCCACAAUAUCGUGGUGCCAAUAUCUUGAGAUUUAGGUGAGUUCAACGAUGAGUAGUUGCAUAUACAAGUAAUUCAAUUAAGAUUGUCCUUCCAAAAACUUAAACGUUAAACUCUGGGCGCGCAAGGGACGAUGGGUUAUUGCUUAUUUAGGCUCAUAAACUUUGAAAUUUAGCUUUGCAAGAAUACCUAAGACAUAUACAAGACUCACGACAGAAAACACACUUGCUGCAAAGGCAAUUUUCUGAGUUUAAGGGCCUAAUAGAUGAAAACCCAUCAUCCCUUGCGCGCGCAGAGUUUAAGGUUUAAGGUUUUGGAAGGACAACCUUGAUGAUUUUUAAAUAGUUACGUAUGUCGCUAGUUCUAACCAUUGUAUCGAUUCUGAAAAGCCGUGGAAGUGUGAUUUUCGAGGCAGAAAUGGUCUUUGUUCCGGGUUCUGAAGACGAAAUUACUAGAGUUUUGGACGACAUUAGUGCAACUGGCGUUCUUGGUAACUUUUCGCUUGUGCCUGGUUCAUUAACUACUAUGGAUAUACCAGGUAAUGCACACUCAGAGUAACACCACAAACAUCAUAUUCACCUGAGUACACAAUACCAACACACACAAAAAAGCUAGUAUCUUACCUUAGAAUACAUUAAUAUCAAAGGAACUAUAGUCUCAGUUCCGAAAUAUCACCAACUUGAACCGACUUGACCUCGUAGCUCAGUUGGUGGAGCAUUGGACUAGUAUCCCAAAGGUCGUGGGUUCGAUUCCCACCGUGGUCAAGCAAACUUGUCAGCUUGUCCGGUGUGGAUGUACACUCAGAGCAGGGGCGUAGGAUGCGGGGGGCACGGGGGGCACGUGCCCCCCCAAAUUUUUUUAAAGGACUAAAAGUGCCCUUUUUUGUGAUAAAAAGUGCCCUUUUUGUGUUGAAAAGUGCCCUUUUUUGUGAGGAAAAGUGCCCCUUUUGUAGAAGCUAAUGUCGCUGUAAAUACUAAAUUAAAACAAUAGGUGCCGUUUUUGUGUGGAAAUUUACAAAUUUUUUUUAAAAAUUAGGUCACAAACAUAAAUUUCGGUAUGAUACGACGGAAAAUUUUCCUCAGGAGAAAUUUCUCCCCCCCCCCCGUCGACAACAUUUCCGGGAAAAAUUUUUUAGGUGCCCUUUCCGAUAGUAAUGUGCCCCUACAAGCCGGUGCCCCCCCAAACUCCAGGUGCUUCCUACGCCCCUGACUCAGAGUAACACCGCAAACAUAAUACUGGGCAACGUAAGACAUAUGGCUGCAGAAGUUAGGGAUCCAUGGAGCGAGGUGGUAACUCCAAAUUCGAACUGUGCGCUGUGAAGCUUAGUUGAAUUAAGUCUGUUUCAGAGAGUCGUGCAUCAUCCUGAAAACAUGAAAAUUUAGUUGAAUUAAGUCAUCAUCAGAGCUAUCAUGAUAUAAUAUGAUACUUGUGAUGUUACUCUGAGUGCAUAUCCACACCGGGCAAGCUUGAAAAAUAUGCCUGACGACGGUGCGAUUCGAACCUAGGACCUUUGGAAUGCUAGCCCAAUGCUCUGCCAACUGAGCUACGCGGUCUGGUCGGUUCGAGUAUGUGAUAUUUCGGAACAGAAUCUAGUUCCUUCAUAUCAAUGUUAUCUAAUAAUAAUCAUGAUUUUUCUGUGUUGGUGUAAUGUACUCAGGUGAAUCAUAUUCAUAUCAUAUUCACCUGAGUACAUUACAGCAACACAGAAAAAUCAUGAUUAUUAUUAGAUAACAUUGAUAUCGAACAAACUAGAUUCUGUUCCGAAAUAUCACAUACUCGAACCGACCAGACCGCGUAGCUCAGUUGUCAGAGCAUUGCGCUGGCAUUCCAAAGGUUGUAGGUUCGAAUUCCACCGUGGUCAGGCAUAUUUUUCAAGCUUGCCCGGUGUGGAUAUGCACUCAGAGUAACAUCACAAGUAUCAUAUUCACCUGAGUACAUUACACCAACACAGAAAAAUCAUGAUGAUAUAAUAUAUUCAUGAGACCCAACACUGCAUUGUCAACAUAACGUUGGCUCAAGCAGGAUUUGAACUCGCAUAUUCAUAAACCUUGAGUCAACUUUAUGUUGCGCAGUGUUAGUUUUUUCUCGUGAAUAUAUUGUAUCAUGUUUCCUUGAUGAUGGUUCCGAAAUAAAGUUUAAACUUUGUUGAUACUCGAUAUGGAGUUUCGCCAAACAAUUGUGUAACAUAUCGGCUCAUUUUCUGUUUACGUCUAGUGUUUUCUGAUAUUCAAAUGGGAAUACAGUACGGAGGAAAUGCGGGUGAUAUGUUAGAGAUAACAUGCACUGUUAGCGGACCAUCUCUUCCGAGCUUUGAGUGGAGGAAUGGUAGCAUGAUUUUGUCCUUAUCGACAAGAGUGAAGAUUGAAAACAACGAUCAAGUUUCAAAACUUUUUGUCCGUAACACUGCGAAGUCGGAUUCUGGGGAUUAUCACUGUAUAGCCAGGUAAGCGCUUUGAUUUUCUUUUAUGAACUACGUGGUGUCAUUGACGGAAUUUUUCCGGUUCUUCUGUUUCAUCCGGUGUCCCCCAAGAUAACUUACUUAGUUCAUGUGAGUUCACGGCGACCAGCCUAUCAGCCAUGUUUUCACUCGCAACCCUGUUUUUUAUAUAUGAAUGGAAGGCCCAGUCGAAUUCUAUUCACGGCCAAACGACUUCACGAACGCUUUGCAUCAUUUAUAAAAAAACAGAGUAGCGAGCGAAAACAUGACAUUGAGUUCUGCCGUUCGUGUCAUCAUUCACUGGUAUCAUCCUGAAAACGUUUACAGACGACGCCUUCUGCAUUGACUGAAGCACAACUAAGAAUAAACUAGUGUACAGGGCCGGCGCUAAAGGGGGGGGGGGAUGGAACACACCCAGUCAUCAGGUAUAAAAUAUUUGAGUAACACCGAUUAAAACUGAUUAAGAAUGAUAGGUAAAAUUUGGAGAAAUUUACGAAAACAUUGGGGGGAAAUGGAACGAACAAAAUAAGAUUGACAAAUAUGUUGUCCGGAAAAAUAAUUUUUGAAGUUGAGCCAUGCUUAAUUUCAUGAAAAGAAAUAUUAAUUAGUGGCUGUAGUGACUCGGCAAAAUUCACUUACACCCCCAUUCAAAGAGGUCUAGCGCCGCCUCUGUGUACCCCAGGUACAUUUAUGUCAAGUUUACAAUCUUUGAUCUUGUAAGGUUUCAGUGGGCACUAUUAAUUUAUUUCAACAAAUGUUACCAAUGCAUAUUUUUCACUGUAUAUCACUGCGCACCUUCACUUUAUCGCUGCACAAAUUGGGUACUACUGCACAGUAAAAUAAAGUAUGAUUUCUUGGCCCAAUGUGCCAGUAAUACAAGAGAGUAAACCUGCUGUGUUUGCAGCUGAGGUGGAAAUCCAACUUUGUUGACAGAGCUGGAAGACUCGUGCAUGCACCAACCAUUGUGGACAUUGUGUUACUAAACCCCCAAACUCGUGUUGUAAGGUUUUUUGACCGUCAUCUAGUAAAGCCUCGUAUAGUAUUUAUGAUAUUUCUAUUUAUUUUAGUAAAGGGAUAGACACAAUCAACAGUAGUGUACUCGUAGAAGUUAAAGUUAUUCCUGUUGUUGCAGUUUCCCCGUUGUCUGUUUCUGCAAUUGAAGGUAAUGCACGCACUCUUUAGCAUGCAUUGGCAAAGAUGGCCUCGCACAAGUGAGAUCAGGCACCUACCUCUCUUUGAUGAGACCUGCUACUGACUGUAGAAGCGAAGGUCGAACAAAUUAGAAAGUAGAGAUGAGCCAAUUAGUGGGAAAAUAAUUGGCAAAGCCAAUUAAUCAGCCAUUUAAAAAUUAUCGGUCGAUUAUUUCACGAUAAUCUGCCGUAAGAAGGUUAACGUUAACUUUUACAUUCCGACGUUAAAUUGAUAAUUUUCACGUUAAAAUUAUCAUUCCAAUGUUAUCUCUAAAGUUAUUUGCUUCGAUUUACGAAACAUUUUGAAAGCUCAUUGAAAGUCUUCAAACAAUCGGCCUCAGUGAUCAAUUUUCGUGAUCGGCUCUAUUCGGAAGAUCGAAGUUUUUUUAUGGUUUCUUUUUAAUAUUUUAAAGGGGAAGUCAAGUCCGUUCUGCGCAUCGGUUCUGCGCAUAACAAUGUGAGGACGUCUAAUGUGAAAAUUGCCCAAAUUUCGAAUGUUUCGAAUUUUUCUGAACAUAAACUUUAUUUCAUAUUCAUUUAGAAGCAUAGCGAAUCAAAAUGCUGCUAGAUAUUCCGACAGUACAUCAUAUUUUAAAAAAUACAGCAGUUCAAAAUGUAAACAAACCGUUUGUUUACAUUGCGGACUUGACUUCCCCUUUAAUAUUUAAUCAUUAAUUUUCAAAAUAGCAGUAACAACUGAAAAGUUUAAAAAGUUAGAUUUUCAAAAAAGUUUAAAAAUUUAGGGUUGGGGUUAGGGUUAGUGUUAGUGUUAGUGUUAGUGUUAGUGUUAGUGUUAGUGUUAGUGUUAGUGUUAGGUGCCGCGAAAUUAUUAUUAUGAUAAAUUCAAAAUGUGCCGCGAAUUUAUCAUAAUGAUAAAUUCGGAUGUGUUUAAGAAUUUAAGAAUUUACUCAUAUAGUAAAUUCAAAGGUGGAGCUCAUGCUGUCAACAGUAAACGUCAGCAGGUAAUGCACUUCUCUUAAGGAAGCGCAAACCAUACAAACGUUUUGCAGCUUUCUUACAAAUGUUUAAGCUAACACACGCUAUUUAUGUCCAUUGCACUUUUGAGACACUCAUAUGCCUAGUUACCACUGAAACCGUUAUGCCUAGUUAUUCCUGAAACCGUUAAAUUCGAUGUCGUGGCAAACGAAUCCUGUAAACGAGGCCUUAAGGUAAUUCCGCAGUAAUUGUUCCCGAAAUGAGAAUGUACUGAAACUUCCCAGGCAUGCAUGGAGUUUAUGAUAUACUUCAAGUAAAAUCACACAAAGAAGUCGGGGUCACCGAACUCGUUAAGAAGAUAUGACAAUCACAAUAUACCACCUUUACCCCAAUAUGGCGCCAUCUUGACGCUCAUUACGAGUAACAGCAGACUCACAACAGCCCGACAUUUAUUGACGUUUUUAGCGCGGAUUUUGCUUUAGUAAACCUAUCUUGUAAUUAUUUUUGAAAAAAUAUUGUGUUCCAGUCGGCAAAACAUAGAUUUGGAUAAGAAGAAAAAAAAUAAAAUAUUUGAGUAACACCGAUUAAAACUGAUUAAGAAUGAUAGGUAAAAUUUGGAGAAAUUUACGAAAACAUUGGGGGGAAAUGGAACGAACAAAAUAGGAUUGACAAAUAUGUUGUCCGGAAAAAUAAUUUUUGAGGUUGAGCCGGUAAUUCCGCAGUAAUUGUUCCCGAAAUGAGAAUGUGCUGAAACUUCCCAGGCAUGGAGUUUAUGAUAUACUUAAAGUAAAUUCACACAAAAAAGUCGGGGUCACCGAACUCGUUAAGAAGAUAUGACAAUCACAAUAUACCAUUUUUACCCCAAUAUGGCGCCAUCUUGACGCUCAUUACGAGUAACAGCAGACUCACAACAGCCCGACAUUUAUUGACGUUUUUAGCGCGGUUUUGCUUUAGUAAACCUAUCUUGUAAUUAUUUUUGAAAAAAUAUUGUGUUUUGAGCAAAAUGGAACUACUAACGUGUAAAAUUCUGAUCCACAAAUGUCUUUUGCACAUUUCUUUACAUAUCUUUCUUUGAGAACAUGCAUUGAUAAAGCAUUUUUUCAAGAUCCAGAAAUGAUUUUUCUUUUAAUUUCGGAUAUGAAAUGUAAAAUGCAUUAAAGAAAUAAAUUAUCAGUUAAAAAACGGGAGUCACAGAUCUUUUUUGGGAAUUGUGGAAUUAAAACGUGAAAUACAAGUAAAUAAAUGUACUACAGACACAGGGAACCAUAGCUACACUUUUGUAUGCCUUUUUUGAAAACAUUGAUUUUAACGUAAUUCUUUGCACGAAUGUAACCAAAGAUGUUUUGAAGUAACAUAAAAUUAUCAUAAAAUGAUAUUUUGUUUUAAACGGUACGUAUAACGGACGAAAUUAUAAGAUGUGCGCAGUAAAAGUGCGCAAUGCAAAACUGCGGAAUUACCUUAAUUUCCAAAAAUUGGAUUACCCAAUUUGAUACCUUUUUUCUCAUUUUUCCAUUCAGGUACUACAAUAACCUUGACGUGUGUGGUUUCUGUUGGCAAUGAGGAAAAGAUCGAAUAUAUGUGGUACAACUCCAAACAGUCUGGUAUUGUUGGUCAAGCUAGAAAACUAGAGUUAUCCAAUUUCCCACUGUCUGACUCAACCGACACAACAGUUUAUUGGUGUUUGGCUACGAAUUCAGAUGGUACCGGACAAAGCAAGGACGUUACAGUGUACAUAGUAUCAAAAGGUAAAAAUCUGUGUGUGUUUGUCUUUUAGCAUGAUAACUUAAAAAAAUUCAAACAUAUUAAUACCCACAUUUCCCAAAUUGAUAAACGUUUGGUUAAAUUUGGAUUAAAAUGGGAUGAGAAAUUAGCUUUGCCGGUCAGAGUAACUUGGAACAUGUACUAUAUAAUUGUGCCGCAUGACACAUAGCAGAGGUAUACAAUCUCCGAGAGCCCUCUAGUGUCGUUAUGUUUUUAGAUUUAAUAUCAGUCAUGUUUUCGCUUAUUUCUCUGCCUUUUAAGUAAAGAAAUUCACCGCAUGCAGUCUAGUGUCUUCAUCAGGGGUGAUCAGAAGGCGCAACGUGACUUCUUAUAUACUCAAGGGAUAAUUUCAUCUUAACAAGGCCGGAUCUUGUGGAAAGGGUGGGUUAGAUGGAAACAAAUUAGGGCAGAUGCAGCAGUCUAGCUCACAGGCGCAAUGGAAUGUUAGGGAUUAGAAUGUACCCUUCCCCCUUCCUAGAGUAAACUACUUGACUCUCUUGAAUCUACCUCCCUACUUGACACGGAGAUGAAUUGCUAUCACUAUUUCGAUUUUAGAGAAAAACUUUCUUACAAAGUGUAGACCGUAAUCUGUCGAAUUUUUAUCUAUCUAUUUAACCUUUCGCAAGGGGUGGCCUAUGAAUUUUUAGAGAUACAAAACGAUCUCAGGGCAGUUUCACACCUGCCUUCAAAAUCCGGCCAUAUCUGCCAACGAGGUAGCAGAUUGUUGGUACUGUAUGUGACUCCACCUUGUUGGCAGUAAAUAAGAAGGCACUUUCGACUUCAGAUCACUCCUGAUGAAACCACUAGACUGGAGUGUCGAUAGCCUCCUCCUCAGGCAUCUCUUAAUCGUUGAGAACUUAUAUAAUUUAGUUAUUCAAAUAACUGAUGUUUUUCUGAUUGGGUUAUCUGUGCAGGGAGAAGGAAGCGGAAAUUACAUCCAUUUACUUAAAAAACUAUAGUACAGCGAGCGAAAACAUGACUGAAUGAUACGUUUAUCGGCGUUUAUGAAUUACUGGUUUUGGUAUAGUUUCAGUGAACGUUACGAGACAGCAGAUGGUGCUGAACUUGAGAAAUGUUGAAAAGCAAGCAGAUUAAACUGCAUCUUUCAAUUCUAUUUAUUUCCCACCAAGUACAAGACCGCAUAUUCUAUAUGUAAUGAAAAGAAUUGUCACUCUGACAACUUCCGGUUAACCACCCUUCAAAUUUCGCAUAUGGUGAAAAUAUGAGAAGCGUUCCAAUUCCACAUGCGAAAUAAAUAUUUCAUGUGUGAAAAUAAUUUUCACAUAUAAACCAUUCAUUUCACAUGUGUAACUAUAUGUAAGUAUGCAAAACUCCAAUUUUAUAUAUGAAGUCUUUCUACAGUAUACUACUUAUUUCACAUGUGAAAUGGUCCAAUUCCACAUAAAUUUUCACAUGUGAAAAUAGUUUUCACAUUAAAACCAUUAAUUCCACAUGUAGAACUAUGUGUAAGUAUGUGAGACUCCUUUCAUACGUGAAAAGUUUCUAUACCACUCAAUUGAAAUGGUUCAAUUUCACACAACAUUUCAUAUGUGAAAAUAAUUUUUACAUUCAAACCAUUAAUUUCAUUUGUAGAACUAUGUGUAAGUAUGCGCGAGUCCAAUUUCAUAUGUGAAAAGUUUCUAUACUACUCAUUUGAAAUGGUCCAAUUCCACAUAAAAUUUUACAUUUGAAAUGAUAUGUGAAUUUUCCGUAAGUGACAAAUAUCACUCAUUGAUCGUGUUUUACUUCUUUUGUUUUUUGUUUUUUUUAGAUUUUAAUGAGUUUUGCUUCGAAAAUGAUGACAGUGAUUAUACCUGGGAAAAGACACCAGUUGGCUAUUCAGUGGUUAAAAAUUGUCCCGAUGGAAAAACAGGUAC